CUCAUUCACGUCGGUCAUUUUGUCGUUUCACGGUUCACGCUCUAGACACGUGCUCUGUCCCCACCAUGACUUUCGCUGCCGACUCGCUUCGCUUUGCAAACUCAAACAUGUGUGUAUAUGUAAGUUUCAUCCUAAUAAGCAUCUCUUACCACAUUAAUUUAAAACAAAGAAAACAUCAAAAUGGCUGAAAAAGUAAAGUCUGGUCAAGUUUUUAACCUAUUAUGCAUAUUCUCGAUCUUUUUCUUCCUCUUUGUGUUAUCAGUGAAUGUUUCGGCUGAUGUCGAUUCUGAGAGAGCGGUGCCAUCUGAAGAUAAAACGACGACUGUUUGGCUAACUAAAAUCAAACGGUCCGGUAAAAAUUAUUGGGCUAAAGUUAGAGAGACUUUGGAUCGUGGACAGUCCCACUUCUUUCCUCCGAACACAUAUUUUACCGGAAAGAAUGAUGCGCCGAUGGGAGCCGGUGAAAAUAUGAAAGAGGCGGCGACGAGGAGCUUUGAGCAUAGCAAAGCGACGGUGGAGGAAGCUGCUAGAUCAGCGGCAGAAGUGGUGAGUGAUACGGCGGAAGCUGUGAAAGAAAAGGUGAAGAGGAGCGUUUCCGGUGGAGUGACGCAGCCGUCGGAGGGAUCUGAGGAGCUAUAAAUACGCAGUUGUUCUAAGCUUAUGGGUUUUAAUUAUUUAAAUAAUUAGUGUGUGUUUGAGAUCAAAAUGACACAGUUUUGGGGGAGUAUAUCUCCACAUCAUAUGUUGUUUGCAUCACAUGGUUUCUCUGUAUACAACGACCAGAUCCACAUCACUCAUUCUCGUCCUUCUUUUUGUCAUGAAUACAGAAUAAUAUUUUAGAUUCUACAUUUCUCAGCAGUCAGUUUAAUGAGAAAUAAAAAUAGGGAUUUGAUA